AUGGUGUGGCCAGUUGGUCCACCCCCUGCACGACGGUGUGGCCAGUUGGUCCACCCCUGCACGACGGUGUGGCCAGUUGGUCCACCCCUGCACGACGGUGUGGCCACUUGGUCCUCCCCCUGCACGACGGUGUGGCCAGUUGGUCCACCCCUGCACGACGGUGUGGCCAGUUGGUCCACCCCUGCACGACGGUGUGGCCAGUUGGUCCUCCCCCUGCACGACGGUGUGGCCAGUUGGUCCACCCCUGCACGACGGUGUGGCCAGUUGGUCCACCCCUGCACGACGGUGUGGCCAGUUGGUCCACCCCUGCACGACGGUGUGGCCAGUUGGUCCUCCCCCUGCACGACGGUGUGGCCAGUUGGACCACCCCUGCACGACGGUGUGGCCAGUUGGUCCACCCCUGCACGACGGUGUGGCCAGUUGGUCCACCCCUGCACGACGGUGUGGCCAGUUGGUCCACCCCUGCACGACGGUGUGGCCAGUUGGUCCACCCCUACACGACGGUGUGGCCAGUUGGUCCACCCCUGCACGACGGUGUGGCCAGUUGGUCCCCCCCUGCACGUCGGUGUGGCCAGUUGGUCCUCCCCCUGCACGACGGUGUGGCCAGUUGGUCCACCCCUGCACGACGGUGUGGCCAGUUGGUCCACCCCUGCCCGACGGUGUGGCCAGUUGGUCCACCCCAGCACGACGGUGUGGCCAGUUGGUCCACCCCUGCACGACGGUGUGGCCAGUUGGUCCACCCCUGCACGACGGUGUGGCCAGUUGGUCCACCCCUGCACGACGGUGUGGCCAGUUGGUCCACCCCUGCACGACGGUGUGGCCAGUUGGUCCACCCCUACACGACGGUGUGGCCAGUUGGUCCACCCCUGCACGACGGUGUGGCCAGUUGGUCCCCCCCCUGCACGACGGUGUGGCCAGUUGGUCCUCCCCCUGCACGACGGUGUGGCUAGUUGGUCCACCCCUGCACGACGGUGUGGCCAGUUGGUCCACCCCUGCACGACGGUGUGGCCAGUUGGUCCACCCCUGCACGACGGUGUGACCAGUUGGUCCACCCCUGCACGACGGUGUGGCCAGUUGGUCCUCCCCCUGCACGACGGUGUGGCCAGUUGGUCCACCCCUGCACGACGGUGUGGCCAGUUGGUCCACCCCUGCACGACGGUGUGGCCAGUUGGUCCACCCCUGCACGACGGUGUGGCCAGUUGGUCCUCCCCCUGCACGACGGUGUGGCCAGUUGGUACACCCCUGCUCGACGGUGUGGCCAGUUGGUCCACCCCCUGCACGACGGUGUGGCCAGUUGGUCCACCCCUGCACGACGGUGUGGCCAGUUGGUCCACCCCUGCACGACGGUGUGGCCAGUUGGUCCACCCCCUGCACGACGGUGUGGCCUCCCACGCUCUCUCGUGCUCACAGGACACCUCUCGUGCUAUUCCGUUUUCUCUGUCGGUUACUCUUGCUCUCACACUCUCCCGUACACGCAUGCACCCUCCCGUGCUCACCUACAUCCUCCCCGUGCACUCCUACGCCCUCUCGUGCACUCCUCAUCCCCUCCGUGCACUCCCACGCCCUCCCGUGCACUCCCACGCCCUCCCGUGCACUCCCACGCCCUCCCGUGCACUCCCACGCCCUCCCGUGCACUCCCACGCCCUCCCGUGCACUCCCACGCCCUCCCGUGCACUCCCACGCCCUCCCGUGCACUCCUAA